CUCACUUUUUAUUUAAACACCGUAGUAUGAUCGAUACUAUCCUGACCAAGAAACCAUCUCCUAGUAAUUAACAACUCCACCCAAGGUCACACCCAAUUAUUGCCAUUUACGUGCCAUCUUAUCAUUUUAUGGCCUUUGAGCAAGAGAGCGAAGGUUGGGCUGCCUUUAUGAAGCACACAGAACAAGGGAGAGGUAGUGAGGACCUGAACUUGAUGUGAGAGGUUUCCCGGUGCUCCAGCUUGUGAUACCAGAAGAUUUUGUUUCCUCUGUGAAUUCUUCUGUGGGACAAUACCUUAUUACCCAAACUGACUAUGGCAGCAGCUUUUGAGGUUACUGGUUUCCUGAUGGGGCUGGCAGGUUGGAUGCUUACUGGGUCAACGUUGGCAAACAAUUACUGGAAAAUUUCUACUGUUUAUGGGAGCGUAAUCACAAGCUCCAGGUUGUAUGAAAAUCUGUGGAAAAGCUGUGCCCAGGACAGUACUGGAGUCUUCAACUGUCGGAUGUUUGAGACCAUGCUCGGUCUUCCAGCUUAUGUCCAAGCAUGCCGUGCACUGAUGAUCAUUGCCGUAAUUCUGGGAGUUAUUUCCUCAGUGUUGACACUGUUUGGCCUGAAAUGCACCAGUAUUGGGAACAUGGAGGAGGCAGUGAAAGGGAAGAUUGCGAUGACUGGUGGAAUUAUCUUCAUCCUUGCAGGUUUAUGUGGAAUAGUGCCAGUUUCCUGGUACGCCUACAACAUCACAAUGGAGUUCUACAACCCUGUCUAUGGUGGAACUAAGUAUGAGAUGGGGUCUGCGCUCUACAUUGGAUGGGCUGGGGCAGCUCUCCUUAUCCUAGGAGGUUCAUUCUUGUGUUGUUCCUGCAAAAGAAACAAACAAACUGGUGGCUACAAGUAUGCCUCUGCUCAAGGUGGACAACGGAUCUACACAAAGACAGAGUCAGCCCAGUCAAAAGCCUACGUCUAAACCAGAGACUUUCAAAGAAGAAUGUUUUUUUUAUGUUACUCAGGUCUACAAAUGUCUUUUUAAAAAUGUGUGUUUGCUGUCCAAUCAUUGUGGCACUCUGGCAAGCAUAAAAUAAGUAGGGUAGAUCUGUGCAUUGUACUGCUGAAUGCCUUGUGUGUUUGUUCAGGACAAUGCCAGAGUUUUCUGUUUCCAAUUUGUAUAUAGGUCCAAUAACCCCAGACCUGGGGGCUGAGUCAUACUCCUGCUUAGUGUGAUCUUAGAGAGUUGGGGUCUGUCAGGGGUCUGCACCAGUACUAGGUGAGUGAGCACUGCUGAGCUGGUGGGGGGGGGGAAGAGGAAUUUGCAAGCAUGCUCAACGUAAAAAGUCCGUCACAGUUUGAUCAUCCCCUGUUAUAACGGGGUAGGCAAUGCCUGUUAAGACUCAAUCAAUUGAGGCUUUGCAGGUCCCUAACUGGGUUGGAUCCAAGUAACCAUAGUAAUUUGGUUCCCUCACUGUGCACAAUCCAUGUGCAACUAUAUUAAAAUCUCUAAAUUGUCUCUCAUGAAAAUUAAUGGAGGUAAUAUCGGGAAGACUGUCAAUAACCUAUAUCACUUCAGGAAGGAGUGUGGCUUCAGUCUUUGGUUUGACUGGGUGAACUAAAAUAAAAUAAGCAGCUAUCAACAUGAUUGUGUGAGUGCUGUAUAAUACACUCUCAGUCCCCUGUCAACAGGUGUAACAGACACUCAUCAAUGCAUGUUCAGCAGAACAGAAAUACAUGCAAGAGAAUGCCGAGAGUCCCUUGAACCUGUUCCAUCACGCUAACAUUUUACAGGUGACUGUAAUACUCAAAUUCAUUUUCUUGCCCAAUCCCAAAUCUUCCGAUUCCCUUAAUUAUCGAUGAUCUGUCUACAGUGGACAUGAAUAUACUCAGACUGAGCAUCCACAACUCUAGAGCAGACAUUUUCAAAGAUUUGGAAAAAAACUUCUAGAGGAAUUCAGUCUGUUGAGAGAAGUGAACAGAUGACAUUUAGGGUUGAGAUCCUUCAGAUAUUGUCUGCCCAUUUCUCUCCACAGAUACUGUCUGACAUGCCGAAUUCCUCCAGUAGUUUGAGUAUUGCUUCCUAUUCCAACAUCUGCAGGCUAAAGUUUCUGAGGGGAGAAAAAUCCUCUCUUUCCUAAUGGCCAAGCCAUUAUCCGGAGACUAUAACACUCACUUUACUAAUUUUCUUUUAACAAAGAAGUAAAUAUGACACCAAUUAUUUUCUGCAAGUUUUUCCACUGCCCCUAACUCCAACAAGUGCCAACGUUAAACCAGCGAGGGCAAAUUAUCCAAAUUAUUGCCCCAGAUGUAUAACACAUAAAGGCUAUACGGAAUAUUUCGAAAUUACAAUUGUUAAAAUUAACUCUUCCUUAUUCCUUGUAAAUGAUAAACCACAUGGUUCGACAGGUCAAAUAAUUGGAAAGUGAAAGAACUAUUGACAAGUAUUAAGGCAACCCCCUUUCCCAAUAGCAGAAGACAAUUAUCUGGAAAACAUUAAGGAAUUAUAGCCUGGGAUGUAUACUGCUGGAUCAUUGUGGAUUUGGGGUAUUCCUGAGCAGUUCAUGAAGGAUUCACUGGGAAACAAAAACUCUGGCUUUGAAAUGCCUGACUCGGGCUUUCUAAAUCAGCAUGUAGACCUACAGUAACUUGGAGUAAACACUCAGAAACAGCACAUUGAACCAAAUAUAUCACAGACCAAAGUGUUCUAAAAUAUUGAAGACCAAAUGAGGAGUUUAAUCUCUAAAAAUACAGAAUAAGUAAUAAAUUCAAGAUGCAGGUCUAAAAUAAAUUGGCCAAACUUUUAUUUUAAGACUUAGAGUCCCAUGGCCAUC